CUGACGUUGACGUAUUGUUUGUUGAUUUACGGUUUACCAUAUCUUCAAUUUUGUAAAAUAUUUUUGAAAUAAUUGUUACCUACUUCUGUAACUGUGAAUUGUAAUCGUAUUCUGCUGAAAUGACGAUUUAUAAUAUGUAUAUUUUUGAUCGCUAUGGCACAUUACUUUAUUAUGGUGAAUGGAAUAGGACAAAACAAUCUGGAAUGUCUAGGGAGGAGGAGGGCAAGUUGAUGUUUGGAAUGCUGUUUUCCAUAAAAUCAUUUGUGACAAAGAUAUCCCCCCUGGAUCCCAAAGAGGGCUUCAUCAGCUACAAAACAUCGAAAUACACGAUCCAUCAUUUGGAAACCCCUUCAGGACUCAAAUUCGCUCUCAACACAGACAAUCAAGCUCAGGGAAUGAGAGAAUUGUUAAAAAAGAUUUAUUCAGACAUCUAUGUAAAGUAUGUAAUUCGGAAUCCAUUGUGUGGGAUCGGCGAACCAAUUAUUAGUGAAUUAUUUAAGACUAAACUAGAUUUAUUUAUUAAACAGGCGCCUUUAAGUGCUGCAAGAGCCUCUUGAAGAUAAGUUAUAAUGUAUUUAAUGUUGUUAUUUAUUUAAUUGUCUUUAUCUCAUUGUUGUGGGAUUUGCAAGUAUGUGCCCCGAUGCUAGAUUUGGUUUUUCAAGUAGUAUAAGAUUUAAGAAGGCAUAUUUGUAAGAGAAGUUAUUAUUUUUUAAGCUUUUUUUUUUAUAUUUAGAUAUUAAAUUUCAAUAUUGAUAUGGUUUUAAGUCAUAA